ACUAGAUGUCGCUAGUGAAGUAAUCUUCAUACGCAUGUGUUCUGACGUAUGUAACGCUUUAACUCAAAAUUGGAAUAUUGUUAUAGAAAUAAGUUAUACUAAAAUCUCUCUCUCUCUCUCUCUUGUACUUGAUCAAAGAUACCUACAAAUACAAUUGCUUAGCAUAAUAUAAUUAGCAUUAAAUUACCGUGUAAUAGAGCUCAGUUUAGUGAAGUGAAACUUGUCACUCAAGAAAAAUUGCAACAGUAAUCGUUCAGUGUUCGUUCGAGAGUACACUCGAAGUAAUAAAUUUAUUAAUGUUAUAAACAAAGCUUUGUACGAGAGUAAACUAAUCAUGGCUCAUAUUACUGACAAAGUUAUGCGAAUCCUGCACGAAUGUCAUCCCAAUAAAGAUGAUUUUAAAGAUAAGACAAAAGACUCGAGUGAAUCGAAAGAAUUAAGAGGGAAAAUCGAGAAAGGAAAGAUGGUGAAAAUCAAGAGUAAUACAGAGAAAUUAUUCGCAGAUGCACGUUGCAACUAUGCAGGUAGCGUUGAAUAUGCCAGUUUGAAUAAAAUGUUGGCAAUUUGUAAUUUAGAGACUGGCAACGAAAUUACAGCUAUUCAUCAUUUGGUUGAAGCUCACGCAGUAAUACUUCGACAACACAUCUUGCACAGAUAUCAAAAGACUCAAAUGCGUGAAUCUGUGUGGAAUGAAUCUCAAAUAUAUGGACUGAGACCAACACAUGUAAAAUUUGAAACAAAAUUUACGAAUAAUAAUGAAUCGUUGAAAACAAAACUGUUAGACUUACCAAAAGAAUGGUACGUGAUUCAGGUCACUGCCCAAUAUGAAUCUCCGUCUAUAUUAAGAUACGAAAAGCAUACAUCUACUGUAAUACAUGCAAUACAUAUUACAAUACUCCCUACGGGUACAUCUGAUGACAUAGAACCAUUGUGUAUAACUGUACCGCGACCUACGACACAAGUUUCCUACGAUAUCUGCAAAGAGAUUCAGAAACUAUUAAAUGGCUAUACGUCUGCACUAAAGGCUACUCACACGAAUCUUAAGCAAUAUUGGACGAUGCGUGCAAAUCAAAACAAUAAAAUGAAGACGGCUAUAAGCGAAUUGGAGAAUAUAUGGUUGAGAGAAUGGAGAGUAUUAUUUAUGGCUGAUCCUAUUGAAAACUUGAAAAUAGUAGAUGAGAUUUAUCAAAUGAUCGACAAAUUAAUAUCAGAUUUCAAAUCUCCCAUUGAAAUAUCAAAAAGAUGUAGGUGGCUUUUGAGAAAGGUAAUCGUAGGUGCUUGCUUUCUUACGCGUGAGGAAAUAGCACGUGCAAUUACAUUUCUACUUCCUGGACAUGAAAAACUUGCGAACAACAUCAUUUUAUCUAUUUAUGGAAAAUUAUCAUGUAUAAGAAAACUAGAGAAUACAAAACGGAAAACAUUGGUUCUAAUUAUUGAUGAGCACAUUGAUUACAUGGGAUUUGAGGCCAUGGAAGUUAUCAAGAAUCAUCCUGUUACUCGUUUCCCAUCUCUGCAUGUAGCAUAUGCAUUAUUCAAAGAACACGAAGAUACUAUAGUGGAAGGUUGUAAACUAGUUAAAGGGAGAGAAGAUAUGGGAAUUUGCCUAGUCAAUCCAUCCGGUGAUCUUGAAAAAAUGGAAAAACGCAUGAAGCUUUUCAUGGACUUUUGGUUACCGCAGUGGAAAAGUUGUUACAAUAUGCAACUUAAAGAAGAAAUAUUCCAAGAUGCAUUAAUAAAUCAUGAUAUUCUAAUGUAUACCGGUCACGGAAACGGCAUAGAAUACUUUUCUGGAGAAGAUAUUGAAAGAAUGAGAGUGAGAUCUACCGUUUUAUUAUUUGGCUGUAGCAGCGUGAAACUACUUGUGAUAGGUGGAAGAUAUCCACCUUAUGGCGUUUCAAAUCAAUACUUAAUAGCAUGCAGUCCUUGCCUCUUGGGUAUGCUGUGGGAAAUAACGGAUGCUGAUAUCGAUAAAAUGACUACAAAUUUCAUGAGUAAUUGGAUUCCUUCAUCCUCAGAGAAAUCAUGGGCUGAGGUAGACGUUGAUAGUUGGAGUUCUGGUACUCUAAAAUUUACAAAGAACGGAGCAAAAGACAAAACAAAAAUGGAACCAGAAAUGUUAAGGGCAGUGGCAGAAUCUAAGAAUAGUUGUUCGCAUUACAUGACGGCAGCUGCGAUAGUAAUAAUUCAAGUUUCCAAGUCGCGUGGAAUCGUCGUAUGAAGCAAUUAUUUGCCGCAAGACAAGACCAAGACUGAUUGCAGUAAUCACUUG